CACUGCCCCCCCCCGAAUAAGGACUAAGGUCACUCUCUGAGUAAGAGGCGCCAAAUAGAAAGAAAAAAUAAAGCAACGCAGAGCAGCGAAAAUGGCGGAAUCAUCUUCUCCGACGUCGUCAACAUGCAGUUCUUCCGUGUCUUCUCCGUUUUUACAGCCGGAAUUCUCUUCUCUGCCGGUAAUGUCGCUCCGACAGAAAAUCAUCGACAAAAUCCUCGAAAAUCGCGUCACUCUCAUCGUUGGCGACACUGGCUGUGGAAAGAGCUCUCAAAUUCCACAGUUUCUUUUGGAAGCAAACAUGGAACCCAUUCUAUGCACACAACCCAGGAGAUUUGCUGUUGUUGCUGUUGCUAAAAUGGUAGCAAAGGCCCGCAACUGUGAAUUGGGAGGAGAGGUUGGAUACCAUAUAGGCCAUUCAAAGGUCUUAUCAGCAAGGUCAAAGAUUGUCUUCAAAACAGCUGGUGUUUUGAUAGAGGAAAUGAGAGAGAAAGGAUUGAAUGCUCUUAAAUACAAAGUUAUUAUUCUUGAUGAAGUACAUGAAAGAUCCAUUGAUUCUGAUCUUGUCCUUGUCUGUGUCAAACAGUUCCUGUUAAGGAACAAUGAUCUGAGGGUAGUAUUGAUGUCCGCGACUGCUGAUUUUGGAAGAUACCGAGAUUACUUUAAAGAUCUUGGCAGGGGUGAAAGAGUUGAAGUGCUUGCAAUCCCUUGCUCCAACCAGCAAGCACUUUAUCAGAGAAGUGUUUCAUAUCUUGAGCAGAUAACUGAGUUUCUUGGAAUAAGUUCCGAGUUACUGGCUUCUAGAUAUUGUUCAGGACCAAGUCCUUCCCUGGAAGCUGCUGAUAUCAAGCCAGAAGUGCACAAACUUAUUAAUGAUUUGGUUAUGUACAUUCAUGAAAAUGAACCAGACAUUGAAAAGGGCAUAUUGAUUUUCCUUCCUACGUACCAUGAUCUGGAGCAGCAAUGGCAUCUUCUGAAUCCACACAGUUCAUGUUUUAAAGUUCACAUUCUACAUGGAAGUAUCGGCACUGAACAAGCUCUCAUGGCCAUGAAAAUAUGGAAGUCGCAUCGUAAGGUGAUAUUAGCCACAAAUAUUGCUGAAUCUUCUGUGACGAUCCCGAAGGUAGCAUUUGUCAUUGAUUCAUGCCGUUCUUUGCAAGUUUUCUGGGAUGGUGUUAGGAAAAAGGAUUCUGCAGAGCUUGUAUGGGUUUCUAAAUCGCAGGCUAACCAGAGAAAGGGGAGAACUGGUAGGACUUGUGAUGGUCAGAUUUAUCGGUUGGUCACUAGAUCAUUCUUUAACAAGCUUCAGGAAUAUGAGUCUCCGGCUAUACUUAGGUUGUCAUUGCGGCAACAAGUCCUUUCUGUUUGCUGUUCUGAAUCGAAAGCUAUCAAUGAUCCCAGGGUCUUAUUACAGAAGACUUUGGAUCCUCCUGAUAUUCGAGUUAUUGAAGAUGCACUGGACUUGCUUGUUCACAUAAAUGCUUUGGAAAGAACCUCUGUUAGAGGUCGGUAUGAGCCAACAUUUUAUGGACGAUUGCUAGCGAGCUUCUCAUUGUCAUUUGAUGCUGCUGUUGUUUUACUCAAGUUUGGAGAUGUUGGAUUGUUGCGUGAAGGUAUUCUAAUUGGUAUCUUGAUGGAUAUACAGCCUCAACCAAUUCUUCACCCUUUUGGAGAUGAACAUUUGUUUGCAGAGUACACUUAUCGGUAUUUUGGUGGUGACUGUAACAACGUGGUACAAAUUGGUCGAAAAGAGAUGAUUUUAAUGGGCAAUUUGUGUGCAUAUCAGUUUUGGCAACGAGUAUUUAAGGAUAAGCAUCGUCUGGAACACCUAAAACAUCUCUCUAAGUUUGAUGAGAUGAAAGCUGUAACUUUGCUGCUACCGAGGAUUGAAGAGGAAUGGUGCUCAUUCCAUAAUCUUGUGCAGUCAUCUCUACAACAAGUGUCUGAGAUAUAUGAAGAUAUUCUAAGUUUGCUGCAUGCUUUUCGGCCCAGAUUCCUGGGUAAAUGUGAUGGUCUACCAACUUACUAUGAUCCUUAUGAAUUUGGGCAUGAGUGUCUUCUGGAAAACCAGCAAAAUGGGGAUACAAUUGCUGUUGCAGCAGAUGAGGAGUAUGAAGAGUUGUCUGUAAUAAAAAAAUGUGUUGCUGUACCAUUUGUUGAUUCUGGUCACUUUCAGACUAUUAAUGUGGCUGAAAAGUUGUCAGCUAUUGUCAAAGAGAUACGAGUUCGAUUGACAAAAGAUGCAGCUGGGAUUGAUGCUCAUUAUGCUAGUAAUGACGAAUCUGGGAACAAUGCUGGCUAUGCCAAUAUUGAUAACUCUAGGAACAAUGCUAUCUAUGCUAAUGAUGAUGCAUAUCAUUCUUCUGUCAAUGGAGAGACUCCUUCAUGUGUAUAUUUUAUCAAGGGAAACUGCAACAGGGGCAGCCAGUGCUCAUUUUCUCAUUCACUUCAAGCAAAAAAACCUGCAUGCAAUUUUUUUUUCACUUUACAGGGUUGCCGAAAUGGAGAGUUGUGUUCUUAUGCUCAUGAUUUGCCGCCAUCAGUAUCAUCAUUUAGCACAAGUCCCUGCCUCCGAGAAGAAGAUGAUGUUAAUGCUGCCUCACUUCUACAAUUGUUCCCAUCAUCUUCAGAUGGAUGCAUUCUUUUAUUAGAUGACAAUGACUUCCAUUUCUCCUCGGUUUUUGCUCGCUUCUUCGAUCCAUCCAAAAUAAUAUCCACAACGUCCAUGUCUAACACCACCAUGAGUGAUCCGUCAUUGAAGGGUGUUCGAAUUCUGUGGGAUGUCCAUCAUCCGACCCAGACAAUAAUUUCCAAAGCAGGGAGUAACCCAAUUCCAUGGAGUGAAGUCAAGUGCUUACUAUGGUUUCCUGCUUUUGAUAGCCACAGUGACAAUUUGGAAGGACACAAAAUUCUGAUGCGGAGUUUUUUUGACAAUUUAGCUAUCAGAAUCAUAGCUGAUUCAUUAUAUGAGCUGCGAAUUAUCAUCACCAUGAACAAUAUAAGAUUUUCACAGUUACAGGUGGAAAAAAUGGGCAGAGACUGCUUUUUUUUCCUGAGAGAGUCGUUUCCAUUUGACGAAGCAAGCUUUGGGGAGUUAUCAGAUGUAGUCACAACCAGGAAAGCGAUGGUGGAGUCGAAGCCUGUUUCGUAUGUUUUUGACUUGCAGCCACCCACUGAUAUUCAGUUUGAUGAUUAUGCAGCCACUCUACACGAAUGCCUUCACGGUAUUCGUUGAUGAAGAUAAAGUAUAAUCUUUCUCUCUGUUCUUGAUGUGACCAUGUACAUAUUCAAGUUAGAUUAUAGUAAAAUAGGUAGUACAUUAUGGAGAAUUUUAUAUCAAAUUUUGGUUUGGAUUGGCCAUUCUGGUUGGAGGAAGCUUGAGAUAUCAUGGCUAUGAGUUAUUUUGGUUGUAUCAGGUUAAACAGUGUGAGAAUGAAAGUUUAUUUGAAGUCUAGAGUUGGCGACUUGAUAGAAUAGGUUGUGCGAUGUCGUUUGAUAAUCUUAAAAACAAUUUUUUAUGGAUGAUGGGUGACUUUAAUAUCAAUUUACUUCCUAAA